AUAAUAUUUUUUAAAAAAUAGAGAAGAAAUAUAAUUUACCAGAUUAGGAAGAAGCCAAUAUUCUGGAAAGAAAUCUGAAAGUGAUUGUGAACGUGAAACCCAAAAAUUGACAUGUCUGCUGCUCUAAUGAUAAAGCCACUUUGACCAAAGCCUCUCUAUAUCUUCUUAUUUUAACCAUCAAAGCUUUCUUACUCUCCAACUACCACAAACCCAAACUCUCCUAUUUCUCUCUUUCUCUCUUACACAUGAGAAAGUAAGUCCAUUUCUGUAAUCAAGAACUUUCAUCUCUCUUGUCUCUCAAGAGUAAUCAAGAAGAAGAUCAAGAUGAUGGAGACGAGACAAAACAGUGUUCAGUUCCAAAGACCAACUUUCUUACCAAUGUUAUGUUCAAGACCUUCCAUCAAGAACGUGACCCUCCCAGCUAAAUCACAUCAAGAAGACUCUUACCAACAAGCCGAUCCUUUGUCUCCCAAAAUCAGCUGCAUUGGUCAAGUCAAACGUAGCAACAAGAUCGUCGGCUUCCCCACCACCACUUCCAUCUCCAUCACCCCCGCCUCUCACCACCGUUACUUCAAGCUUAAACGUCUCUUUUCCGGCAAGAAUCUCUCUUUCUCCGCUCCCACUACCACCACAACCAGAACUAGUCGAGGAAGAAUCAGAAAGGAGGACUUUGGUAACAAAAAGAUUGCUGUUAUCGACGUUGCUGAAUUGGACCCACCUUUGCCGGUGGUUAAAAAGACACACGACGGUGGCGCCGGAGAUAAAGCGGCGGAGAAUCUUUGGAAGAGGAGAUCUGGUGGUAGUUGUCAACUACGGAGUUUGCAGAUUCAACCCAAUGGAGAUCAUCAGCUGAAAUAACAACUGUUUGAGUUUGGAUCAAUCAAAGCUUUUUUUCAUUUGUUGUUAUAAUUUUAGUUAUUGAUAUAGUUUUGUACAAAUAGAAAAUUUAUACUUUAUGCUCUUCUCUCUUCUUAUUCGAGAUGAUUCAUUAAAUCGUAAUUUUUGGAUGUCUUUCAAUAUCACCUAUCAUAUUGUAUCGUCAUUUUCAUAUAUGAUUUGUUCAAGACGUUAUUGCAUCA